ACGUCGACAUGGAGAAGAUAAACAGAAAAGUAGCACAGCCGUUGUUGACGUUGUGUACAGCUGAUUUGGGCGUUUAAAUGUUUGUGGAACACAGCGUUGCGUGUCAUUUUUAUUAAACUAAUUUGUACUUUACUGAAGCUUCGUUGUAGAGGGAACAGCGAAUGGUCGUGACAACAUGGACAGUGACCUGAGUCCGCAGGAUAAAAAAGACUUAGACAAGUUCAUUAAGUUCUUUGCCUUGAAGACUGUCCAGGUAAUAGUCCAAGCUCGCCUUGGAGAGAAGAUCUGCACUCGCUCAUCCUCAUCACCUACUGGCUCUGACUGGUUUAAUUUGGCCAUCAAAGACAUCCCAGAGGUUACUCAUGAAGCCAAGAAAGCACUGGCUGGCCAACUUCCAGGCAUUGGGCGCUCCAUGUGUGUUGAGAUCUCCCUGAAGACAUCAGAGGGUGACUCAAUGGAGUUAGAGACUUGGUGCCUGGAGAUGAAUGAAAAGUGCGAUAAGGACAUCAAGGUGUCAUAUACAGUUUAUAACCGUCUGUCUGUCCUUCUGAAGUCCCUGCUGGCCAUCACCAGAGUAACACCUGCCUACAAACUGUCCAGAAAGCAGGGACACGAUUAUGUCAUAUUAUACAGGAUCUACUUUGGGGAAGUCCAGCUGAGUGGGUUAGGAGAAGGUUUUCAGACGGUGCGUGUCGGUGUUGUUGGAACUCCUGUUGGCACAGUCACACUUUCAUGUGCUUACCGCACCAACCUGGCAUUCAUGUCUAACAGGCAGUUUGAAAGGUCAGCUCCAAUCAUGGGGAUCAUUGUGGAUCACUUUGUGGAUCCUCCCUGCAGCAGCCAGCGUCCAACACACAUGGGACAGCCGUGCAACUACAGAGCUCCAGAUGAGGAGGAUGGAGGAACAUUUGCAGGAGUUCAGGACUCCCAGGAGGUCUGCACCACCUCCUUCUCCACCUCCCCUCCCUCUCAGUGUGUGUGCACACUGAGUCCGUCUCCCUCUAAACUGUCCAAGCCCCUCCCUCUGGACAGUCUGCAGCUUCCAUUGGCUCCUGGACUUGUCACUCACACUCUGUAUACUUCCAGGUUAUCUUACCAACCUGCAGCUCUAGCAGGAGCUGCUGAGCUUUGUCACCCUGCUGCCAAUCCAAACCAGGUGUUGCAUGCUGGGAAGGAAGGUGGGGUUGUAUUGGUUCCUGCUCAGCCUCCUCAUGGAGCUGAUGCCCAUCUAACAGUAGAGCACGCCCCAAACACACCCAGCAGCAGUGGGGAUGAUGACGGCCUGUCGCAGAGCGCAGAAGGACGGAGGGAUGAAGGAAGGAGGAGUGUUUCUCCGUCUGACCCGGUGGAGUCUCUCAGUGCAUUCACAAGAAAGGUUGGAGCCUUCGUUAAUAAACCCAGCACACAGAUAACAGCAGCCAGUCUGGACCUGCCAUUUGCUGCAUUUGCUCCUCGAGGCCUGGACUCAGAGGAGAAUGAUCCCAUGGUGCAGCCUCCAGACUCUCCUCCCUGCCCGUCACCCCUGCAGGCCAGCCUUCAUUCUCAGGGCUCAGAGGGAUCUGGGCAGCAGGAUGAUUUCGUAAUGGUUGACUUUCGUCCAGCUUUUUCUAAAGACGACUUGUUGCCAAUGGAUCUGGGCACCUUCUACAGAGAGUUUCAGAAUCCUCCACAGCUGGCCAGCCUCUCGCUUCACAUCAGCUCCCAGUCGAUGGCAGAUGACCUUGAUUCACUGCCGGAAAAACUCCGUGUCUAUGAGAAAAACAUUGACGAGUUCGAUGCUUUUGUGGACAUGCUUCAGUAGAUUGGAGAAGCAAAGGAUGAAAGUACAGACGGACUACCUGUGAGAAAAAAAUAAAAUGGAUGUUGCCAGAUGAAAAAGGAUAAAAAGAAUGAAGGAAGAAGGAAACUGGAGACCCUAGUUGUUUGUCUGUGAGAAUUACUCACACUAAAUCACCAUGUUUUAAUGUGAAGCUCCUCAUGUCUCAUAUUUUCUUCUCCUUUCUGUCUUUCCCGGUUUGUACAGAUCAUCGUCUUCACUGUAAAUACUGUGUGAUCUCCUCUGACACUGGCACACACGUCACUCUCUGGUCUGGUAGCGUUGAAAUGAAAAUCUUGACUUUCUGUGUGGCACAAAUCUGCUCUCAUCGUCGGCGUGUAUUCAGAAAUCAUGGGGUUUUCUGUCACCUCAGACAGCCAUGCAAAUCCAAGGACAGACCACCUGCGUUUGUGGUUUUUGUUAAACUGUAGCUUGACCCUUUCUCCAUCCCUGCUGAACACUGCUUUCCUCUGAACAUUUCCUCCACAUUAUGGCCUUUCUGAUCACAUCUGAGCUGACAGUGAAAGAUCGCCAGUGUUACUCUAGAAGUCCAAACAGAAUGGGUCGUGUCGUGGGCUUCGGGAAAAGUCUUUUUUUCAAAACUGACAUCUUGAAAAGCUGGUCUCGGUAAAGAAAUUUGCACAUAUCCUCACAGUGCCCUGUGUUGUAAUUCAAAAAUGUCCUGCUUACAGUGCAGCAGCAGUGAAGAGACGCUCAGUCACUGUCCCUAGCCGGGUGUUCCCAGCUGGUCUGGGGAUUUAAACUGCCAACUUCAAAAUUAAAACAGCCCCAGAGGAAUUUAAACUGAAUCAGCUGCAACCCCUAUAUGUACAGAAAAGACACAUUUCCAUGCGGAGGCAAUUUGUUGUGGCUCUGCACUCAGUUGCCAGUUAAUGAGGUAGCUAAACUUAAUAUAGCAGCCCUGCAUCAUUUUUCAGGCUGUGAUUUGUGGUGCUGUUAAGGUGCAAAGGGAAAGAAAGACCUCCGUAUAACAGUAUCAUUUGCACCACCACAAAUUACAGCCUUUGAAGUGACCAUUAAGUUGAACCCGCAAUAGUUUAAGUCAAAAGUUGCAUUAGAUUACACUAGUUUUAAGUAACUGGCACCUCAAUGUGCUCACUGUGUGCACUUUUUAACAUGCUUAUGUAUAUUUUGAGACUUUGUAAAAGUGGGAUAAACAUUUCCAGCUGUCUGCAGAAGGUAAUAAUCCAUGACUGAGUUUGGUUGAAAGCUUUAAUUUAAACUUUACUGUUGGUGUAGAUGUCCUAAUAAAGCAUGGCUGCUCUGUUCAAACAA